AUGUCCGAACCCGCUAGCAUCGCCAAAAUGCCCCACAUCACCAAAGCCAAUCUCAUCGAUAACCCUGGCGUGUUCCUGCUUCCAUACAUCUACUUGAGGGAUGACGAAUGCAUUUUUGUGGAUAACGGGCGCAUCAGCGCCGUAGCCACCUAUCAAGAAGUUAUGGAGUACGCACAGUGGGACACGAUGAUUUGUCGACAGGUCGUUGGACCGAAGGCUUGGGUCCCGAGUGGAUACAACAAUUUCAUGAUCAUGUUCUCGACUGUGGUACCUGACACCAUCUGUGUGUUUGCGGUCUUCACUGAUAUUGAAGGGCCUGCGGUUAUCCCGGCUGAGCCUGCGCCGCUCAAGGUUAUCACUGCUUCCUAUGAUCAAUUAGUGGAUGAGGGAGAGAUAUCCCGUUGUCCUCCCCUCACUGUACCCCCGUCGACUCAAGGAUGA